GUAACAUCAUUACAAAACAAUUAGUCGUUGAUCAAGUUCCGAGUGAUAAACAUGGACUUCAGUGAUGUAUAUAACUCUGAUGUCAGAGUGAAGAAGGAACCAGAUGAUGUUUCCCCAAUUAAAAAGGAAGAUUAUAAGAUAAUUGACAAUGCAUGCGAUGCUAAAAAUGACGAAUUCUCGAGUUUUUGUCGAGAAAAUUUAAUUUAUGGGCUUCGUGAAAAUGAUGAAAAUUCUGGACCUAAUAACGAUUUGGAAAUAGAAUUCGAAUGUAAGGACGAGAAGCUCGGCAUUAACUUAUUAGUAGUCAAGAAAAUCGAGGACGAUUAUCCAGAUCAAUGGCAGCAUAUGAAAAAUGGUUGCGAUUAUCAGACUCAAAAGAAAAUUAAAGAAGAAAUUGUCGACGAAGUAAAAGAGGAAUUGAAUUUGGAUGGUGAACUCAGUGAUGCAUUUGAUGCAAAUGAAAAAACAUUUGCUCAAAAUAGUCAACGCAAAACCCAAACGGAUAAGGCACGCAAUCGUACCAAAUAUCCAUGUAAUAUAUGCGGUAAAAAAUUUGCACGAAAAAAUUAUCUCAAGGUCCACAUCGAUUCAGUACAUAAUGGUGUUAAACAUGCGUGUGGUGUAUGUGGGAAGACGUUCACACGAAAAGGAAAUCUCAAAAUUCACAUCGAUGCGAUGCAUAAUGGUAUGGCACCUACUUGCGAAGUAUGCGGGAAGAAAUUCUUAACUGAAGCUGCACUCAAGAUUCACAUCGAUGCACACAAUGGUGUUAAACAUCCAUGUAAUAUAUGCGGUCAAAAAUUUUCACGAAAAGGUAAUCUCAAGGUCCACAUCGAUGGAGUUCAUAAUGGUUUUAAGCAUGCGUGUGGUCUAUGUGGAAAGACAUUCAUACAAAAAAGAGAUCUCAAGAUUCACAUCGAUGCAAUUCAUAAUGGUAUUAAACAUGAGUGUGGUAUAUGUGGCAAGACAUACGCACAAAAAGGUCAUCUCAAAAUUCACAUCGAUGCGAUGCAUAAAGGUAUCGCACGUACUUGCGAAAUGUGCGGAAAGAAAUUCUCAACCAAGGCUAAACUCAAGAUCCACACCGAUGGAGUACAUAAUGGUGUUAAACAUGCGUGUGGUAUAUGUGAAAAGACAUUCACACGAAAAGGAGAUCUCAAAAUUCACAUCGAUGCGAUGCAUAAUGGUAUGGCAUCUACUUGCGAAGUGUGCGGAAAGAAAUUUCAAACGAAGAAUAAACUCAGGAUCCAUAUCGAUGCAGUACAUAAUGGUGUUAAACAUGCGUGUAGUAUAUGUGAAAAGACAUUCACACUAAAAGGAGAUCUCAAGAGGCAUAUCGAGGGACAUAAUGGUGUUAAACAUACGUGUGUUACGUGUGGAAAGACAUUCACACUAAAGGGUAAUCUUAAAAAACACAUGAAUUUGAUGCAUAAUAAAACCACUUAUUGUAGUAAGUGCGGCAAGACAUUUUCUCAAAAGGAUCGUCUUAUAACUCACAUUAAAACGCAGCAUGAAGACAUUGAUCACGCUUAGGUUUUAUGCGGAAAAAAAUUUAAACAUAGAAAAUAUUUAUGCAGACACGUCAAAAGUGUGCAUGAAGGCAAUACCCAAGCACGAGAUCAAUAUAAAAGAUCUUAAAACGUACCUAUCAAUACCGCGCAAAAUGAUGAAACAUCGAAAUAAAUAAAUAAAUUAA